AUGGAAACACUUGAUAGUGUCAUUAAAACAGCAACAGACCUAAAACCAAGUGGUUAUUAUGGUCAAGAAACUGAAAACAAUAAUAAUACAAAUAAUAAUGAUAAUCAAGACGAGGAAGAAACAAUAUCACAAAUAUUAUCUUCAGUACCAUCCAUUUCAGCAUCAAAAUUUUUUUCACCUCCCCAACCACCUCAACCACCCCCACCACAACAACAACACCAACAACAACAAAAACCAAUUGAAUUAAAAUGGAGGCAAACUAAAAUACUAUUGUCUUCAGACACAAUACCCACUGGUAUUAAUAAUAAUAUUAGUCCAGAUUGUAAUAUAGAAUCAAAUACAACAUUUAAUACAUCAUCAUCUUUACCAGUUCAAUUAACCAAUAAUAAUGGUUAUAAUAAUAAUAAUAAUAAUAUAAAUAUAAACAAUAAUAAUAAUAAUAACAAUAAUAAUAAUAAUGAAAAGAAUAAUAAAAAUAAUGAAAAAAAUAAAAAUUUAUCAUAUCAUAGAUAUAGGAAAGGUAGUUAUCAAUCAAUAAUUGAAAAAGCGAAAGCAUCAAAAGAAAAGAGAGCAAAUAUUUUACGUGAAAUUCAGACAACAGAACAAGCAUAUAUUUCAUUUUUAAAAGUUUUAGUUGAUGUUUAUUUAAUGAAAAUUAAAGAUAUUGGUAUGUCUGAUCAAGAUAUUGAUGGAAUUUUCUCAAAUAUUGAAGCUAUUAAAUUAGCCAACGAAGAUAUUCUAUCGAAAUUAAGAGAGAAAAUUGAAUUUCAUUCAUCAAAUUCAUUUCCUGAAAAUGUUGAAAUCGCUGAUGUUUUCUUAGAAUUUGGACCAUUCCUUAAAAUUUAUUCUAUAUUUGUAAAUAAUUAUUAUAAUAGAGCAAUUUCAAUAAUUAAAUUAAAUACAACAAAAAAUAAUAAAUUUAAACUUUAUUUAGCUGAAUGUAAAAGUUUACCAGCAUCAAAAAAAUUAGAUUUAAAUGAUUUAAUGAUUAUGCCAAUUCAAAGAUUAGUUAGAUAUGUAUUAUUAUUAGAAGAAUUAAUACAACAUACACCAGAAUCAACAGAACCAAAUGAACAUAAAAAAUUAAUUGAAGCAAAGAAUGUAAUGAAAGAUGUAGCAUCAUUUGUAAAUCAAUCAACAGUUGAUAAACAAGGUCCAUUAGAAACUUUAACAAGAGUUCAACAAACUUUAGGUCCAAAAACUGGUAAUUUAAUUCAACCACAUAGAAGAUUUAUUAAAUCUGGUGAUUUAGUUAGAGUUGUACAAGUCCAAGAUGAUGAAAAUGAAAAUGAUAAUAACAAUAAUCUAAAUAAUCCAAAUGAAAAUAAACCAAAUAAGAAUACUGAUGAUGGUGAUGAAAUUAUUGAAAAAAGAAUUAUUAAUAUUUAUUUAUUUAAUGAUUUAAUAAUUUAUGCAAUUAAUAAUAAAUUUUGGAGAAAGAUUUAUUUAGUUGAAGUUUGGAUUAGAAGUAAAGAGAUUAAAGGAUUACAAAAUGUUUUUGAAAUUUAUAGUAAAUCAUUAUCAUGUAUAUUUCAAAAUCAAUUCUCUAGUGAUAGUAGUAGUAGUUUUCAAGAGUGGUCAUCUUUAAUUCAAUCUACAAUUAAUAAAUUAUUAAUUGAUGAUUCUGAUGCAAAAGAAAAAAGAUUUAAUCUUUUAGAACAAGAUGAUCAAAUUCAAAAAGAUUUCACUUUUGAAGAGAGACAAUUCUAUUUCGAAUCAAUGAAUAAUCCUCAAAAUCCUCAAUUUAAUGAUAUAAAAUUAUUUAAAGAUUCAUUAAUUGAAGAUGGUAUUGUUGAAGAUAGGAAAAAGAAAAUUGAAAGUUUAAUUACAUUUCGACCAAAUAUUCCUAUUUUAGAUCAACAACAAAGUAAUAAUAAUAAUAGUAAUAAUAAUAAUGUAGAAAAUUGUAGAAGUAGUAUUGGUAGUAGUAGUGGUGAAAUUAAUUUAAAUAAUAAUAUUGAACAGAAUGGAUUUUCUGAUAGUUCAGAUACAGGUGUUGCAUUAUCAGAUAAUUCAGAUAAUGAAGAAGCGAAAAAGAAAAGAAAUACGUUAAAGAAAAGAAUGGUAUCUCAAAAUAAUUUAAAUUAUAAUUCAAAUAAAACCAGUGGUGUAACAUUAUUGACUCAACAAUUAACUGGUAAAAAUAAAUCGUCGUCGUUGUUAUCACAUAUUGCAUUAACUAGACAGAAUAUAGUUAUGCAAGGUUAUCUUACAAAAAUUGGCGAAGUUGUAAAAAAUUGGAAGAGAAGGUGGUUCAUUUUUGAGAGUAAUUAUCUUUUCUAUUUAAAGAAUGAGCAAUCCUCAAAGGUGUUGGGUAUAAUACCACUAAUUGGCUCAAAAAUUGAAAAUAUCGAUCAGACUUCAUUCAACAUUUCAACUACUUCAAGAACCUAUUUAAUCAUUGCUGAUUCUCAAAAUGAGCUUUCAAAAUGGACAAAAUCAAUAUUAGAUUUUCAUAAUUCAAGAGAUAAUUUCAUUAACAAUAUUAAACAACAAUAUUCAAGUAGUAGUUCUUUAAAAUUAAUAAAUAAUCAACAACAACAUCAAACUCAACAACAAACUCAACAACAAAUUCAAAAAAGAUUAUCUUGGUUAUCUGCUGCUUUACCAAAUAUUAAUUCAAGUUUUAAAAAACCACCCCAAAAUGAUAGAUCAAAAACAAUUGCAAAUUUUAGAUUCACUCAAAUCUUAAAUGAAAAUAAUAAUAUCCCACCAGAUUCCUCUUUAUCUAAAAGUGUUGAUGCUUUAAGCUUAAGUAGUAAUACUACCACCACUACAAAUAAUAAUAAUAAUAAUAAUAAUAAUAAUAAUAACAACGACUAUGAAGAUGAUUGUGAUAGUUUAUCUUCAGAGGAAGAGUUUGAUGAUGAAGAAGAAGAAUUUGAUAGAUAA